GAAAAAAAAAAAUCCUCCGGAACUUAUUUUCCAUUUCACUCGAUUUUAUUCGAUUUUCCACUGCACUAACGAAAAGUCGAAAAGCGUUGGUUCUCAGUUUUCCCCUUCUUAGCGUACAUAACAAACAGCCAGCAACUGAAGCAGAAAUCGCAGCUCAAAACCCCAAAAGAAAGAAAAAAAAAUGGAGGAGGAGAGCACGCUGCAUCUCGAACUGCACAAGUUAUCUUGCGUCAACUCCGAUGAAACCAUGGACACCAUUCUCCGAAGCAUCUGGAACACCCGCAUAACUGGUCUCCGUGGCGCCGAUAAGUCAAAAUUGCGGUCACUCCUUCACCUCUCUUCUCCCUCACAACUCGACCCUGUCUUGGCAUGCCUUCGCUCGCUUGUCCGAAAAUGCGCUUAUCAAAACUUUGCCAGCAAUGAGCUUGUGAAAUUGUUUCCUCCUGAUCUUCCACUAGACUUACAAAGCAUUCUCCUAUUGUCCCUCCAAAAGAACCAAGAACAGUGGAGGGAAGAUAUAGCCCGAGAACAGGAUUUCUCUCCGAGGACAAGUGUUUCCUAUCAAGUAAGAGCAAAUGUCCCUCCAUCUUUUACUUCACUGCCGUCUUCUGAGAUGCAGAUGUCACCAUCUCUGUGGCCACGCCAAGAUGAUUCUAUUGCCCAACUGAACCACAAUGAUUUUGGGAUUUCGGAAACCUUCCUUGCGUCAAAUCAAUGACUUGGACCAUGGAGAACCGUGGCUCUUCUCCUGCAGAUAGAAUGGCUAUAAUUAACCUCAAGCUGCAUGAUUAUAGCAAGUCCCCGUUAGGCGAAACAGAGGUGAAGUUUCAGCUCACAAAGGACACACUUGAGGCUAUGCUGAGAUCAAUGACAUACAUCAGUGAACAACUAAGUGCAGUUAGGACAUCUUCCGGACCAGCCAACAAGAAGCACAAGCAGUAGUUUCUUUUUGUUUAGUUUUUUUCUUCUUUUUUUUUUAAGUGAUUAGCACUGUAGGUCAUAAGUCACAUUAUACCUAACAAUAGUAAGGAUAAUAUAUACUAAUGUAUCAUCCUUUUAGAUAGAGCAACAAUUAAGAAGGUGAAAAAAGUAGUAGCUAAUGAUCUAUAUAUGUUGUAAUGGCGCAUUUGACUCAAGAAUAUAAUGUUAGGGGUAAACAAAUAUGAGUAAAGUAUCAACCCGGUCCUGUCCAUUUCCUUGAAUGACAACGCGAUCCUUAACCAAAAACACGAUUUAUUUCGGUGCCUAACCUUGUGCUCCAUCUGUCAAUGCGGUCCUUCUGUCACUUUCACGGCGAAAACUUGACAGAAAUUGUUGACGUGUAUAGGUAAGUGGAUGACAUGGAUGGCCUAGGUGGUUACGUGGAAGAUGGAAGCCCAUGUGGCUAGGUGAAAUGGACAAGGGCCUAUCUGUCUUCGUCCACAACACACAAAUACCGUCGUUUUGAGGUUUCCAGGCGUCUUUAUUAGACAAGUCUGGUCGUCUCUCUCCCUUGUUUCGUGUAUAGAACCCAGACCACCAUGAGCAAUAGCAGAGAGUAUGGGAGUGGAAGAGAUGUGUCAAAUGAUGAGGAUAGGAGUAUUUCUGUGAGCUCCGUUGGCAGUGCUGGAGCGAGGAAGAAAAAAAGAUUCGUUACCCAAAAAUGCAAUUGUGGGAUUUAUGCAAUUCUAUUCAUGUUGUCAACACAAUCAAACCCUAAUAGGCUAUUCUUUGGAUGCCCAUAUUUCAAGGUAUGAAAUAAUUAGUUAUGUUCUUAUUCCUGUUAAGAUCUGUAGCAAGCAUCUCUUCAUUGCAAUUCUAGUUUUGCCAUUUUUUACUGUGCAAACUGCAGAAUCUCAUUGCAAAUAUUUUCUAUGGCUGGAUAAAUAUGUUUCACUGUUUGAAGAGGAGCAAAUAAAUGAUCACAAUCUUCGUGAUUGGAAUCCAAAGCAAAAUCAUUUGUUGGAUGCAGCUAUUUCGAUGGAGGAGAAAGUGACUAAGCUAGAGGAUAGAGUUUUUGGCUUAGAGUUGCAGAUGAAAAAUUCUAGGCAUGUUAAAUGUAUUAGGGGUUAGUUAUCCAUUAAUGGCUCUUGUGUUUGUCUUUGGAGUUGUAUUUGCAAAUUAUCUCCGAUAAAUUGGAUAGCAGUUAAUAGGUCUAUGAUGUUUUUGUUUUGGAAGUGCAUGUUGCUUAAAUAGUUGUAUCACCUAACAGUGUAAAUCUGAUUUUAUUAAAUGGAAUAGUUGUGUUGGUUGUUUGGAAAAGAUUGACUGUGUCAAAAAAAUAGAAUGUGUUAUACUCCAAUUCUUGUAAUUCAUGAAAAACAAUCCAGUAAUAACUAACAAUAAUAUGUAACAUUGACAACUUCAUACAGUUACCAAAUGUCAACAUCUUGUGCACAAGGUGACUCCAAAAGUGGGCAAAAUAUAGUCCUAUACCAAUAUUAGAGACACAAAUAUAAAUAGAGUAUUAUAGAUUCUUAAUUCACACAGGCUAUCAAAACAGUAACCAAAAGACUGUUUGUUGUGGCUGUAUGUAAACUAGUUUAUCAAAAAAGACUACAUCUACUUGUUAUAAUAUAAACCUAGGACUACACUUUUAGUUCUUCCUUAUCGUUUGAUGCAUCUCUUCCACUCCCACGUUCUCUGCUAUUGGCCAUGGUGUUCUGGGUUCCAUACACGAAACAAGGGAGAGAGACGACCGGACUCGUCUAAUAAAGACGCCUGAAAACCUUAAAACGACGGCGUUUGUGUGUUGUGGAUAAGGACAGAUAGGCUCCUGUCCAUUUCACCUAGCCACGUGGGCUUCCAUCUUUCACGUAACCACCCAAGCCAUCCAUAUCACCACUUGCCUACACAUAUUAGCAAUUUUCGUCAAGUUUUCGCCGUAAAAGUGACAGAAGGAUCGUGUUGGCAGAUGAAUCACAGGGUCAGGGACCAAAAUAGAUCGUGUUUUCGGUUAAGGAUCGUGUUGUCAUUCAGAGAAAUGGACAGAAACUAUGUUGGUACU